AUGGACUCCGUCAGAACAUUGCGGCAUCAACCAGCUGUAUUUGGCUCGAGAAGAUGUUUGGAUACCAGAAGUGACUAUAUAGUUGACGUACUUUCCACCAUAGAUCACCGAGAAGACUUCCAGAAAUUCGUUUUGUUGAAUAGCUCCGGUUCGCUGGAAUUCUUCGUGCCGACAGUGACGUCCAUCGCAUGCAAGAUUAAGAUACACGACUUUCCUUUCGACGUCCAAACGUGCACUAUCAAAGUGAUGGCACAGACAUUCAUAGCUCGUCAAUACGCCAUAGAAGCAAAAUUCUUCACAACGAAUGCUUCGCGGAUCGCACAGAUGGUUCUUAUAGGAUUUCUUCACAUUGUUUUUCUUGAUUACAGAUUGGUCCACCCAGAAGAACCUGGAACUUGGUUAAAUUUUGGCCUUUUCUCGAUGUUUAAAAAUAACGUGGAAAGAUUGGGUGGUAUAAAAAUUGAAGCGAGAUGCCGAUUAAUUUCAUUUUGUUUAGGGAAACGGCGAAUGGCAAAUCACAAAUGUUUCUGUGUGGACAAAACCCGAAGAGAACACAGAUGGGCUUCUUGUGGAAUUAACUACUUCGAUGUCUCUAUGAAACGCAAUCCAGUAUUCUAUGUGACUGUAGUCAUCUCCCCAUCCUUUAUAAUUAAUGUUCCUUCAUGCAUUAUUUGGGCUAUUUCUGCGAGCGGACCGCAUGGCAAAGAUUUGCUAUGGAAUACGCAGAUC